AUAAAAACAGAUGAAAGCUGGGGGAUUUGGGGGGAAAAAACAUUUUUGAUUUCUUUUUUUAUAAAUCUGCAUUUUUAUCCUUUAAUUUGAAACUAUUUCAAAUAUUUGAAAAAUGAGUGGUGCUUCUAAUAACUUGUGGAAUUAGAUGUAUACGGAAGAAACACUGUGAUGCUGUGAUCAGAGUCAGAGAUGCAGAAUUUAAAGUUUACAAGUUCAUCCUCUGAAGACCCAGUGGCUAAUUCAGGCCAUGAGUUCCUGUGAGGAUGGAGGAAAUUCAAAUGAAGCAAUGCUUGAGAAAGAACAUCAGCACAUUCAGGAUGUUAAAAAGGAGAAAGAAGAUUUUUCUGUUUGUGACCAAACUCAAGCACAUGAAGGAGGGUCUCCUGAAGUGUCAGAGGCCAAUAAAAGGUCGUCCACUGAGACACAUCAGUCCACCAGUAAUAAAAGAGCCAGAGUCUGCUCUGAGGUGAGGAAGUGUCGGACAGAUGAGAGCCUCAGGCAUGAGCCUCUUUGCCUCACCGUGGCUGGAGAAAAGGCCCACUGUAUCCAGGAGAGAUCGAGGCUUUCCUACAGAAAGCCUCUUUUCAGCAUCUCUCACAGGAUUUCAGACAAGAGAAAUCCACCGAGUCUGGAUCAGCAGGCUAACCACGGCGGCUUGAGUCAGCUCAGCUUCAGCAGCAUCUUUUCACAGAAGCUCCAAAGUCCAGAAAUAAACGGCCAAAGUGACGUCCUCACCGCCACAGAGUCCUUGGGUCAGACGUCAGCAACAGAGUCAAACCUUUACCCACUGAUUGAGAAAAUGUUUUUCAUCCUCAAUACCCUGAACUCAAGCAUGACUCAGCUGCACAGUAAAGUGGACUUGCUAACGCUGGAAGUCAUGCGAAUAAAGAAGCAGAUCAAGCCUGCUGAGAGGAUGGCAGACUUCCAGCCUCCACCUGAAUAUCUCCUAACGAAUGAUGAACUCAAUCAGCUGAUGGAGCACACCUCCAGUGCCGGCGAGCUCAGCUGCCAGCUGCUUGUCCACCUUUUUCCAGAGCUGUUCAAAGCCAAGGAGUGCCCCCAUGACUGCAUGGCAAGCAAGAGAGCGCUGGAAUCUCUGCACCUGCAGCUGAUUCGGAACUACGUGGAGGUUUGUUAUCCCUCUGUGAAAAACAACAGUGUCUGGCAGGAGGAGUGCCUCCUUCAGAUCAAUGACUUUUUUAAUCGUUUCUGGGCACAGAGGGACAUGGAAAGCGCACGGCUCAUCAAGAAGCAGGCGGUCACUGGUGAUGAGAUGAAAGUGGAGUUUCCUCAGACGUAUCGAUUCAUUAAUGAACAGGGUCAGGAGGAGGAUCUAUCCCUGGAUAACCAGCAAGGUAGCCUGCCAGUGACCGACAAUGGGUUAAAUACUCAAGCUGCAGAAGAGCAGGACGACUUCUCCUCGCCAGAAGAUUUUGUGAUUUUCCUCAUGCAUCGUCUCUUCCCAGAGAUUUUUGAAGAGGGGAAAAUUUCCGAAGUCUCCAGCAAUUAUAGUAAUGUGGGUCAGCUCAUUCUGGACUCUGACAAGAUGGAGAUCUUGAGGAAGUACAUGGAAGCAAAUUUUCCUGAUGUACCUGAGGACAGCUGGCUUCAGUUGUGCAUUCAGCAUAUGGAGGACACACUGGAAGGGCCACACAGCAAUGGGAACGGAAGUGAAUCCGACAACAUCAACUACGAUGGCUACGACCUGGCCGGCUUUCAGGAAGACCUUCCUGUCAUCAGGACUCCAGAAGUCGGUGAAUUUGAAAGACCUUAUCGCAAGUCCAAGAAGUCGCUGCUCACAGCCGUGGAUUUUGAAAAUCUGAAGAUUCCUCCACCUGACUUCAGCGUUCCCCAGGAGUACAUUUUAUCGAGAGAGCAGCUGAAAAGCAACUAUGAAUGUAGCUUGUCCAUUGGCAACUUUGCCUCACGCCUGCUGGUGCUCAUGUUUCCUGAGCUCUUCACCCAUGAGAAUACCAGAAAGCAGUACAACUGCAGUGGUUCUCUUGGGAAAAAGCAGCUCGAUCCUGUGCGUGUGAAUCUGAUCCGACAUUACGUGCAGCUGGUCUACCCUCGAGCCAGGAACGACAGAGUGUGGAUGCUUGAAUUUGUGGGCAAACUGGAUGAGAGGUGCAGGAGGCGGGAUACGGAGCAGAGAAGAUCUUACCUACAGCAGCGCAAAGUUGGUGGCCAAGAGCUAGAGCAGGAAUUUCUCUGCCACAUCAACCACAUCACCCCAGACACUAGAGAGGAUUCAGACAUUCCUUCUUUACCUCCUGAGAAAAGCAGCAAAGACUUCUGUAAGAUCCCCCUCGACAAACUGACCAUUUCCCAACCGGACUUCCCCGUAUCUUCCGCCUACCUAUUAUCGGACUCUGAGGUGCGGGAGGUCGUCCAGCAGAGCCUUUCUGUUGGGAACUUUGCCGCCCGGUUGCUGGUGCGCCUUUUCCCGGAGCUGUUCACUCCGGAGAACUUGCGACUCCAGUACAACCACUCGGGCGCCUGCAACAAGAAGCAGCUGGACCCGGUCCGGCUGAGGCUGAUCCGUCAUUACGUGGAAGCGGUGUACCCCGUGGAGAAGAUGGAGGAGGUGUGGCACUAUGAAUGUGUGCCGAGCAUUGACGAACGCUGCCGGCGGCCGAACCGCAAGAAGUGUGACAUUCUUAAAAAGGCCAAAAGGUCAAACACUGUGUCAUAGUUACAGUAUUUUACAGUUAGUCAACACGCAUAUAAGCUGACACAACAUUCUUAAGCUCAUGUUUUAUCUUUUGCCUCCAGCAGCAGAUGUUUUAGGCUUUAGUUUUAUUUUCUAAUGUAUUAAAAAGUUAAACUGUUCUUGUUUAUAAGUCAGAGCCGUCAUAGCUUGUCUAACACAUUUCUUUCAUAAAUCUAGCCUUAAAACCACAUUAUAACCACAAUAGUAGCUACAAUUAAGAGUCACAAUUUCUCUAUUAGCAGUAAUUACUGAUGUAGCAUCGUGCCGCCAGAGUUUUAAUAAUAAAGUACUUACAGAUGGGUCCA